AUGGCUUCUCAUUCAAGCGGGAACACUAAUCUCCCAGGCGUUGAAUGGGAACUCCAGCGCUAUCGGCCUCAUGUACAGGUCUUGAAUGUUGAAAGCGAAGAGCAACGGGCGGCCCUCUCACAGCGCCAUAAUUUGCUCUUCACAGCGUAUGAAGAAGACAUCUACGUAUGGAUACCAGCUGGACCCCAGCAGCUCCUUGGCUCCCAACCCGAGAUGAUCAUUCACCCAGUGAUGAAGGAGCCCCAUGCUGCUGGAUAUAUUGAUCCGUUGAAGCCUCAUGCAAUCAAUAAUCUCAUCGUGGAUGAUUUGGGACUGGACGAGGUUCUACUGCUGGCGACAGACUCUGGGAAUGUCACUGGCUACAACGUUAAGGCUAUCUUCUCCGCAAUCAAUCGGAGUGCAAAAAGUGGACACAGUCGACCUUUCGACACCUAUGAAAUAAAACCUUUCUUUGCCGAAAGUGUUGUGUUAAGUGCCUGGGGCUUGACAACACACAAAUUUGCUCGUCUGAUUGCCGUAAGCUCAAACACAGGCACAAUUACUGUUUUCGCUUUCGCGUUAGUGGAUGUCGACUCUGGUGGUGAUGAUGACAGCACCUCCGAUACACCCGAGAGCUCGACCCUAGGAAAUCCUGGCGGAUUAGAAUCCACCUGGGUCUCAAUUGAUACCACGGCAUUGAUGGAAGGGAUGAAGAAGGAUAUUCCAAAUCAUCGAACUCGUAACCUGCGCAUCAGCUAUAAGGGCCAUUUCGAAAAUAUCCCAUGCGUGUCAUUUGCCAACUUUGGACUGGACCCCAAUGGGCUCUGGAUGGUCAGCACUGACAUUCGCAACCGAGUUUUUAUAUGGAAAGUUUGGGAGUCCCUAGUUCCUUUCAAAACAUCUACCUAUGAACCUCUGGACAGGGGUUGGUUUGUCUUGCCUGUACAUCCUCGCAAAGUUCAGCAACAUCGCUUGAGGAUUGACGCUUGUGGAUGUGAGCCGCGUCCGAGAAUGAUCGGAAAUUGCUUAGUUUUUGAUGUGUCGAAGGCGGUUCAAUUUGUCGCAACCAAGUCCAUCUUCGCCGCCCAGGAGUAUACAGCGACGUCACAUAUUGUUUUGCCCGAUGGGAUCUUCUCUGAUUCUGAUGUUGAUGCUGAAUCUCGACCGCAGCCGACGAUUCCAAGACAUUAUCGUACAGAACAAGAGGCCCGUGGAACGAGACACUCUUCUACUGCCGUUGACAAUUCUGGCCUAAGCGCUGGGGUAUCACAAGAUUCUGUCAUGCCCACCGCAGACCCGCAGUUUUCUGUGAGGCCUGGUAUCACAAAUUUGAUUGAUGAAGCAAACGAACAUGGCCCAAAAUGCGAUUUGCCCCGAUUGAAUGCUCGGAGUUUCUCUCCAUCACACCCGGUUAACCCUCAAUUUUUCCCUCUUCUUCACUUCUCCGGACGUGAUAUCACUUUAGAUCCCUACCCAAUGGAUUCUCCAGGACCGCGAACGCUUUCUCGGUCGCCCUUUAGAUUUCUCAUCAAAGAUUCCAUGUACCGCACUUGUGAUCGCAUAAACAUGGUGAAAUAUCUUCCCGACGCGGGGAUUGUCGUUGCUGCCACCCAGACCGGUGCAGUGGCUAUUAUCACCCUUACAUGGCAAGAGGAAAUUGGCCAUAGCUUCCGUGUUGACUGGAUCCUACCUUUCUUCUCACAGCAAGGAGAAGACGACCCGCCCCUCAUGGGUCUUGCUGUGAGCCCUAUGCCUGGAUUUGAGGUACCGUCGGAUGUACCAUGUAUCCCCCGGGACGUCGACCCCAAAGAUUGGCUGAAGUUCAAUUUCCAUAUGCUUAAUCCCAAUGGAGGCGACCCUUGCGACGAUCCCGAUGCUGUUCCGCUUGAGGGCGCUCUUCCCAAUCCUUCUCUGCAGUCGGAUCCUGAACCUGCAGGCAAGAAGUUCACCCUGCCUGAAAUCCACGCCCAUGCCUCCAGUAUCUAUCGACCUCGUGAGAGCUGGCAUGGCCAUUGCCCUUCUCGGCAUUAUCGCUUGCUUUUACUCUUCUGUGAUAACUCGGUCAUGAGCUAUGAAUUCUGGCAUGACUGGAGGGCCUGA